AUGAAGUCCAUCGCUCGACUCGGUCGCCCAGUGGGCUCCCUCCUGCGAUGCGCCGAGCGCGAAAGUCACUGUCGGUUCGCCCCUUGGGCCACGAGGUCAUUCCACAGGUCGCCGGCAAAGCUCGAAGAUAAAGGCAAAGAUCCCAAAGAAAACUUGUCUUUCCGAGGACAGCUGUACCAGAGCACCGCAGACAGGCUGAAGCGCGAAAGAGCUUCGGAGGAACAAUAUAUAAGAGCUACAGGCGCCCGCGGGGGAGGCGCGGGGGGAAGAACGCUCAGUCUCAGUUUUGUGAUUCUGUCCGUCGCAGCCGCUGCCUUCUACCUUGGAAAGAGGGGAGAACGACCUUUGGAUGUCUCAUCCACGACUCCUUUGUCUCGAGCACAGCCGCCCCAACAUGAUACUAGAGCCUCUAAUCUGCAAGCCGCUUGGGUUGACUUUGCGCAAAUCGUGGGGAAGGAUAACGUCUCGACUGUUCCCGGCGAUCUCGAAGCGCAUUCCGGUUCUGAAUGGUCCUCCUACACCACCAAACCUGAUGAAAGACCUUUUGCCAUUGUAUACCCUGCAACAACCGAAGAGGUCUCCAAGAUCAUGAAGGUGUGCCACGAACGGAGGAUCCCCGUGACCGCACUCUCAGGCGGCACCAGUCUUGAAGGUCACUUUGCGCCUACACGAGGAGGCAUAUGCAUCGACAUGGCAAGAAUGGAUAAGAUAUUGGAAUUCAGACCCCAAGAUCUUGAUAUUGUUGUACAGCCUGCUCUCGGCUGGGAAGAGCUCAACGAGGAACUAAAAGGACAUGGCAUGUUUUUCCCACCAGAUCCGGGUCCAGGAGCAAAAAUAGGGGGCAUGGUUGGGACAGGUUGUUCGGGAACAAACGCGUACAGAUACGGUACCAUGCGGGAUUGGGUCGUCUCUCUGACGGUCGUUCUCGCCGACGGCACCAUCAUCAAGACAAGAAGGAGACCUCGAAAAUCAAGUGCUGGCUACAACUUGACACAGAUGUUCAUCGGCAGCGAAGGUACUCUGGGUAUUGUCACAGAAGCCACGUUGAAGAUCACGGUUCUCCCUAAAAGCCAGUCGGUCGCCGUUGCUACAUUUCCCACCAUUCAUGCAGCAGCCGAGUGUGUCGCGAGAGUUGUUGGCGAAGGCAUUCAGCUUGCGGGAAUGGAGAUCUUGGACGAUGUGCAAAUGCGCUGCAUCAACAAAAGCGGAAUGACCAGCAGGCCGUGGCAGGAGGCUCCUACCCUAUUCUUCAAGUUUGCCGGGACAAAUGAAGGCGUCAAGGAACAGAUCAAGAUCAUCCGGAACAUCGCCAAAGCGACCCACAACAAGAGCUUCGAGUUCGCCAAAAACGAGGAUGAGGCCGCUGAACUCUGGAGUGCUCGGAAAGAGGCCCUUUGGAGUGUCAUGGCUAUGCGGAAAAACAGCACUGACCAUGUUUGGACUACCGAUGUGGCCGUCCCUAUCAGCAGACUGGCAGACAUAAUUCAAGAAACCCACGAUGAUGUGGCCAGCAGCGGUUUGAUCGGUGGUAUCUGCGGGCAUGUGGGAGACGGAAAUUUUCACACCAUCCUACUCUACAAUGACACCGAAAAGAAGAUCGCUGAAGAGUUGGUUCAUCGAAUGAUACGUCGUGCCAUCGCCAUGGAAGGCACAGUCACUGGCGAGCACGGCGUGGGGUUGAAGAAGCGCGAGUAUCUCCGCGAAGAGCUCGGCGAUGAAACUGUCGAUGCAAUGCGCAAGCUGAAGCAAGCAUACGACCCGUUGGGACUUCUCAACUGCGACAAGAUUGUCCAGAUUGAAGCAGGCCACUGA